AUGGCGUCUACAGCAACGCAGCCCCCAACGGGGCAUUUGGGAGGACAGCCGACUCGGAUUAUUACAUCGGAUCUGCCUCAGUCUUAUCCAUCUUCAACGCACCCUGACAAUAUCAGGCGUUUUAGCCAGCCUGCAAACGUCGAGCCGCCACCACCACGUGUCGUUUCAUCGCAGCCUUCAAGCGGUGCAUUCCACCGUUCUCCAGUGUCGACUGAGCCUAUGCCUUCCAUGUACUCGCCCGCACAGCCUCAGCCAUCACCGAGUACAGGGCUACCAGGCAGACCACGGAACCGGCCUUCCAUCAUGGACCCUCCCGGUAACACGAUUUCCAGUCCGGCAAGGCGCGGUAGCGGCUAUCCGUCGCCAACUAUUGAUCACGAAACGAUCAACCCAAAAUUUGUAGACGACGUGGCUCGCAUAACCUAUGCGAUACAGCAAUCUCUGGGCGAUGCUGUGAGGAGGGCCAUUCGUGACAAUUGGGAAAAGUGUUUGCUUGGAACAGACUUUCACCAGGCCUUUGUCCUCAAUGCGAGCAUUCACCAUGCGACAGUUCCAAUGACCAAGCGCGCCAUCCGCGAUUUCGGCUCCAAGAUGGUCAAGGCAGGCAAAGCAGACCUGCUGGAACAUUUUAGCCAGGCGGAUCUCGAUGUAGUCAGUGACACUAUACUCGCCAAGGCCUCACAUUCGUUCUUGGACAAGGCGCUGGAGCUGCGCUUGAGAACAAUCGAGGCAAAACCAUUGGUGGACGCCUUGUCGCGCGCGGAGCGCCUCGGAUACGAAUCAAACGACGUAGUAGAGCAGAAUAACAACCAUCAGGAGCGUGUCAUCCCUUCCGAUUCGCCUACGGCUGCGCGCCGAGCCAGCUAUGUUUCCGCGGGAGCCAGCACUUUGAGAGCACCAGUGACUGAUCCGACAGCUUCUUGGCAAUGCUCCGUCUGCUAUCGCACUUUUAAGCAAGAAUCGGCGUAUAAUCACCACAUGCAGAAGCAGGUCUGCACACGUGCUCCGGCUCUGCCUGAAGGGUUCCGGUAUUCGUGCACUCAUUGUGGUCAAGGCUUUACUACUACGCUUGGAUUGCAAUACCAUCUGAACAACAAGGUCUGCGGCGACUUUGGUCCGACCCCUGCCGAGCAGGGCAUGGACGCUACUGCCACGGCCGCAGCAGGAGCAGUGGCUGCUGCUGAGGCCAAUGCUCACCCGAGAGUAGUGCCGGUUCAAUUUCAACAUUACAGUGCAACUCCUCAGCGCACUGCGCCAUUCAGAUCUGCUACAUCCCCACCUGUUGGCACACCUGACACCGCGGGAGAGGGUAUGGGCAGGAUCACUGGCGGUUCCGAUCCUUACGCUCACCUGACACAGGGCCAGCGCGAGUCCCUUCAAGAAGAACUCCGGCAGGCCGAGAUAGCCUUUGCAAGCCGUUUCAAGGCAGCCGAAGCUAUCGCAGACCUUAACGAACGACGCGUCCGUAUCGAUAGCCUGCGAAAUGGUUUUGGCACAAAGCAGUCCAUGAUCAGGAAGAAGUACGGCGUGCGGCUUCGCGAACGCCGCACCAAGAAAGAGAUCGAGGCCGAACGUGAACGCAUGGGUCGCCAGCAUGAGGAACGAUACGACCGUGGAGCUCUUGAUGACGCCCGAAGAUCUCUGACAGCUAUUCAUGGAGGAGUGCCCCGGCCCGUCGGUCCAGGACGUCCCCCGACGACUUACUCAACCAAGCCAAUUCCAGCACCGAAGCCCGCGGCGUCUGUCGGUCCGGGACAUCCAGCUGCUCAUUCAACUACGCCAGUUCCAGUGCCGACGACGGGGGCCACAAAUUCGCGGUCCACCCCCAACAUGAACAAAGACCACGUUCCAAUAAAGAGGGAGCUUGAUUCGGAUGCUAGCCCUAUCGAGGGAGACCCGAAACGUCGCAGGGUCGAUGGUGAAGGAAAAAACAGCAACGACGUCGUGGGGUCUGUGCAGCAAUCUCGGGCUGGAGAGGAGUCAGUUAUCGUCGCGUCGGUGUCGCAAUCGCCACAGAGCCAAGACAGUGAUAGCCAAGACAGUGGGAGCCAAGACAGUGGUAGCCAAUCCAGUGGCACACCAGAGCGACAGUUGCCAGCCGAGGCGGCCGCUGCCCAGCAGAGUGUUGACGCUACAGCCACAGCGCCGGCUGCUCAGUCUGUCGUGGGUUUGGUUGAUGAGGAAGAUGACGAGGGAGGUUCAUCUGAUGAGUCUGAAGAUGAUGAUGAAGGUAUCCCUGCUGUGUUGCCUGCGACCAUGCGUCAGGGCUUGUCACAGACUGGCCGGGGGACCUCUAACGCUUAG